AGUCCCGACAGGCUGACGUAAUUACCCCAAACUCACUAUUAUUAUGACGUAUAUUCAUUUUAAUUUAACCAACAAACUGAUAUACUUUUUCCAUUACAGUCCAAACUUGAAGUACAUAUCGAUGGUACAAGAAAAGACGAUAUCCCAAUAAGUGUUUAGCGAUAAAGUGUCUAAAUAUAUUUCCCGAGUGACGCAGAACCACCAGAUUCGGGCAGAAUUAAGAGAGGGAUCGAGGAACUGGUGAGCCACAAGGACAUGGCGAGUGAGUGUGUGUGACUUCAACUCCCUGGACGUGAUCUGCUGCUGCUCUGCCACGGCUCGGGUGACUCCAUAUAAGAAAGACUAAUAAGUUUUGAUACAACACCAGCAGGACGUUUUGCCUCACCCACCCUAUGACGCCAGACCCAGUGGUUUGUGUAAGUUAAAAGAACAUCAUGGCUAUGGGACACGAUGCAGCGUCCAUUGGGUUGCUGGAUGCCACCUCCAGAGCUGUGAUGAAGGCACAGAUCAUGCUUAGAUGUGGAGGUACACCAAUUUUGCUGGAGCUGGAUGAAUGUGAGGCCAUGAGCAUAGUGUUUCUAGCACUGCAAGGAAACUUGUUGGCUCGCCACGGCUACAAACUUUCUCAGUACCUCUGUGGAGGCCAAGAAAAGGAAGCCUUUGAUCAGCUGGUGGAGUUGUCAGAGGAGGGAGGGGGUGAAGGCGUACUGGUAGAAGCACUGUACAUCAUUGGUCGUUAUGAUAUACUGGAGGACCACCUUGGACUGCCUGUCAAUGCUGCCCUCCACCAGUUUUUCAAGAGAGAGAGAGGAGGAGUAGAGCCAGACAGGAAGGCUAUGUACUUUGUGUGUGCUGGCAUGGCCCAAGAGCAAGCUGACCUCCUCAUUUCCAGGCUGAGGGAUUGGUAUUCAGAGACAGGUCGACCCCUUGAAGAAACCUUUGUUAGGAAUCUCACUGAAGGUAACUACCACCUGCGUCUUGGUCAGCUGCACCAAGCUCUUUUGGCUGAGGAGCAGACAUCUCUAGCCUCCUGCCUGCAGCCCUUUAUAUUGCGCUCACCUAGUCUUCCCAGUGCCUCAAAAUUGUUCCCCAUGAAUCUGCCAGCUUGUCAAGAAGACAUGUAUCCACUGCCAACCGGUUACCCUCAUGGCCUAUGCGUUAUCAUCAACAUUAAAAAUUUCAUGAAACCGAGAGGAAUGGAGGAUAAUUUUCCUCUCAUGGAGCGUCAUGGUUCAGACAUUGACAAGGAACGACUUACAGGAACCUUUAAGCUUUUUGGAUUUCAUGUGUUGCAUUUUGAUAACCCUGAUCAUCAACAACUGCAUAAUUAUUUCCGGUGUUUACGCAUGGACGCUCGGCUAGCAGUGGUGGCUUGUCUGGCAGUAUGCCUCAUGACCCAUGGUGAUGAGAAUGACCACAUCUACCUGCAUGAUCGCUCCUGCAUCUCCAUCACUGACCUGAGAAAACUUUGUUUUAGCCAGGCUCUCCUCAACAAGCCACGUCUCUACUUCAUCCAAGCAUGUCGUGGAGAGGAGGCACUCAGGCCAAUCUUACUACAGCAGGACAAUUGCACUGUUACACAUGCAGAAAGUGAUUGCCUCAUUUCUGCUGCUACUGUGAAAGGCUACACAGCUGUUAGGAGUCAGACAGAAGGCUCUUGGUACAUCACGGACCUGUGUCAAGCCCUGCAGGAAUAUGGCCAUAUUAUUCCAAUCAAAAGUGUGUUACAGAAGACUCGCCAGAGCCUAAAGUCUCGUGUGGGAAGCAUGAAUAGUGGUUUCAUAACUCAGUUAUCUGAAGAGAAAGUCACCCUCACCAGAGAUGUGCAGCUGGUCCGAGCUGAGGAAGAGCACUUUCUGGAGGGCAUUGUGAUCCUAGCACAACUGGAAUUGAUGGAGAAGCUUAUAGAGGAGACUCAGGAAGAAGCCUUUGAGGAUACUUUGGAGAGUGGUGGGAGCUUAGAAAGCAUAUUAAGUAACUUAAUAGCCCGCUUUGAAUUAUCUUAACCCCUUCACUAUAGCUGGGCCAAAACAGCGCCCCUCCCCGUAUCCAGGAUGGCCACGCACGCCAAAUUUCAAAAGUUGCUAUUGAAUAUAACAAGUUUUCAGCCAUAAACACAACAUAAUCAUCAUGUAUGAUAUAUAAAAACAUGCAAAAUUAAAUAGUGCACAUAAAAAAACAUAAAUUAAUUGAUAAUUUUGAGAUGUAUGCAUAAAUAUACAGAGAAAUUUGCGUUAUGGGUAGAU